CUAGCGCUCUCCCCAGUCGCGGCUAUGACGCGACGGAGGCGGCGGGAAUGGUAGCAGUGUGCUCUUUCCGUGGGUGAGGCCUGGAGAACAGGCGGACCUGCGGGAAGACCCGUGCAGGCCAGACCCCGGGACCACUCCGCUGGGCUCCCAGACUCUUCGCUGCCUGCGAGCCUCGGAGUGGCACCCUCUCCUGGCCGUCUCUUCUCGUGGGACCUGAAGAACGCGUGCAAAGCCGCGUUCGUCCGCUGUGUACUGCCCGGGCUCACGUUCCGUUCUUCGGGUUUGCCACGGUUCUGUGACUCCCUAAAGAUUGAGUGUUAGUGAAUUAGAAGGAACGCCGAGCUGACUUCCGGUGGGCUGCCGGGUGCCGGGCAGCGUGCUUACUCCGAGUAACCGCAAGACCUGCUUUAAAAAUACCAGUUCUGAGCUUCGUCGUUGGAGAGGCUGCCUGUCAUUCAACCCCUUCCGACCCUCUCUCACUCCCUGUCUUCUGGAGCGUGAGUGAAGCCCGGGUGAGGUGUUUUCCCACAUGCCAGGGGCCCGGAGCUGAGAAGGGGCGGGCAUGGCCAGCAUCACGCAGCUGUUCGACGACCUGUGUGAGGCCCUCCUGCCGGCUGCCAAGACUUACCUGGGCCAGCGCAGUGUGAACCGGAAGAGGGCAAAGCGGAGCCUCAAGAAGGUGGCCUACAAUGCUCUCUUCACAAAUCUUUUUCAAGAGGAGACUCGGCUGCAGCCUGACACAUCAAAACUACCAGCGAGAAACAAGAUCCUCAUGUUGUCCUUUGACUUAAGAGUGGGUGGCCUGGGCCCCAGGGCUGACCGUUUGGAGGAGCUUGUGGAGGAGCUUGAAGCGGCCCCUUGCUGUCCGCUUGUGGAGGUGGGGUCUGUUUUGGACCUCCUGGUUCAGCUGGCAGGGAGCGGUCCCCCUCAAGUGCUGCCGAGAAAACGAGAUUACUUCCUUAACAACAAGCACGUGGGGAGAAACGUUCCGUACGGCGGCUAUGAUUGCUACAACCUGAGUGUGUGGGAGAGGGACGUUCAGUCUCUGAUCUCCAGAGAGGAGUAUUUGUGUCACAGCAUGAUCCAGGAUACACUUCAGGUUAUGGAGGCUACUCCAGGCACUGGCCUGCCCACCGUCGGGCUCUUCUCAUUUGGUGACCCUUGUGGUGACAAGUUCGAGAGAGACACCCGGGUCUCACUCUUUGGUGCGCUUGUGCACAGCCGCACCUACGACAUGGAUGUCCGACUGGACCUGCCCCCCGUGCCGGACAAUGCAGACCUCUCUGGGCUGGCCAUUAAGGUCCCACAGAGUGUGGAUCACUGGGAAGAUGAAGGGUUCCAGUCAGCAUCCAACCUGACUCCUGAUUCCCAGUCUGAGCCCAGCGUGACCCCAGACAUGGACCUGUGGGAAGCCGCACUCACCUACGAGGCCAGCAAGCGGAGGUGCUGGGAGCGAGUUGGAUGCCCGCCUGGUCACAGAGAGGAGCCUUACCUGACAGAGGCCGGAAGGGAGGCUUUCGACAAGUUCUGCAGGCUUCGCCAUGGGGAGCUACAGCUGCUUGCCGGGGGCGUCCUGCAGGCCCCACAGCCCGUGCUGGUGAAGGAGUGCGAGCUGGUGAAGGAUGUGCUGAACGUCUUGAUUGGGGUUGUGUCUGCCACGUUUUCCCUCUGCCAGCUGGCUCAGGCCUUUAUGGUGAAGCGGGGCGUCCACGUGUCAGGAGCGUCUCCCGAGAGCAUCAGCAGCCUCCUCUCGGAGGUGGCCGAGUAUGGGACCUGCUACAUGCGCCUGAGCCGCUUCUCUCUGCAGCCUGUCCUGGACUCCUCGUACAGCAAGGGCCUUGUGUUCCAGCCCCCUUGCCUACAGGCCUUCACCAGUGGCCUGAGGAGGUACCUGCAGUAUUACCGGGCCUGCGUCCUCGCCACUCCGCCCACCCUGAGCCUCCUCACCAUUGGUUUUCUCUUCAAGAAACUGGGCCGGCAGCUCAGGUACCUGGCCGAGCUCUGUGGUGUUGGUGGUGCACUCCCAGGCACCUGCGGAGGAGGGCCCAGGGCCGAGUUUCCCACUGGCGUGAAGCUGCUGUCCUACCUCUACCAGGAGGCGCUGCACAACUGCAGCAAUGAACACUACCCCGUGCUGCUGUCCCUGCUGAAGACCAGCUGCGAGCCCUACACGCGCUUCAUCCACGACUGGGUGUACAGUGGGGUGUUCAGAGACACGUACGGCGAGUUCAUGAUUCAGGUGAACCACGAGUACCUCAGCUUCCGAGAUAAGUCAUACUGGACCCAUGGCUACGUGCUCAUCUCCAAAGAGGUGGAGGACUGUGUUCCUGUGUUUCUGAAGCACAUUGCCCACGACGUGUAUGUCUGUGGGAAGACCAUCAACCUGCUGAAGCUCUGCUGUCCCCGGCAUUACCUCUGUUGGUCCGACGUCCCUGUUCCCCGGAUCUCAGUGAUUUUCUCCCUGGAGGAGCUGAAGGAGAUUGAGAAGGACUGUGCCGUCUAUGUUGGGCGCAUGGAGAGAGUGGCCCGCCACAGCUCUGUCAGCAAGGAGGAGAAGGAAUUACGUAUGGAAAUUGCAAAACAGGAAUUAAUCGCUCAUGCCCGGGAAGCAGCCUCCAGGGUCCUGAGUGCACUGAGUGACCGGCAGAUGUCGGAGCGGAUGGCCUUGGAUGCCCGGAAGCGCGAGCAGUUUCAGAGGCUGAAGGAACAGUUUGUGAAGGACCAGGAGCGACGCCAGGCGGCCAGGCAGGAGGAGCUGGAUGACGACUUCAGCUACGCCCGUGAGCUCCGAGACAGGGAGAGGAGGCUGAAGUCCCUGGAGGAGGAGCUGGAGAGGAAGGCGAGGCAGGCGCUGGUCGACCACUAUAGCAAGCUCUCUGCAGAGGCGGCUCGUCGGGAGCAGAAGGCGCUGUGGAGAAUCCAGAGGCACCGACUGGAGAGUGUACGGCUUCGUUUUCUCUUAGAAGAUGAGAAACGCAUUCAGGAGAUGCUGAAAGCAAUGCCUGAGGCUCACCAGUCCCGGGAGCCGCCAGACUGUCUGUUGAGCCCACACUCCCAGGUCACAUCUGGCCCUGAGCACCCAGACGGAGGCCAAGGCUGUGAUUCUGGCACUGCAGAGCAACAUUCGGCUUCCUGUGAUUGCCCAAACAGGCCCAACCUGCGGACCCCACAGCCGCCUAAGCCUUCAGCAGUGGGAGCUGGUGGCACAGGGCUGCAGCAGGCAGAGGAGCCUGGGCCCUUCUCUGAUGGCCUCAGCAUUGGAGACUUCCUACCUGUGGGCCCAGGGGCUGAGCAGUCUGUGCAGACUGGCACAGUCCCUCUUCUGGAGGCAGCGCUGCAGACCAUCAGCUCGGACCUGCCUGCCUCAGCUCCUGGGGAGGCACCCGCAGCAGCCAGCACUCAGCUCGCCAAGCCCCAGGAGUAUGACUUUAGUACUGUCCUGAGGCCGGCUGUGGCCGCCUCACCUUCACCAGGGCCCCUCCAGGCUGCAGAGUGCAGCUUGGGAGGCUCAGGGCUGCAGCCGUGGGAGGACACUGGUGGGAAGCUGGAUGCCUGUGUCUCUGCCUUGCAGGUGGCCCUGCCUCCCUCACAGCCACCCAGGUGUGCCGCCCUGGAGGAGGGGAGCAGCCAGCACACACAGCAGCUUUUUGGGCAUGUGUCAGGGGGUGGUGUUCCUACAAGGGGCUACAAUUCUGGAAUAGCUCCCACUCUGCCACGGAGGAACACGCAAGGGCACUUGUCCGAUGCCAGCAUCAGGGUCGGGGAGCAAAUGUCAGAUGUGGCUCCUACCCGGCCACGGUGGAACAUCCAUGGGCACGUGUCUGAUGCCAGCAUCAGGGUUGGGGAAAACAUGUCUGACGUGGCUCCCACCCGACCACGGUGGAACAUCCAUGGGCAUGUGUCUGAUGCCAGCAUCAGGGUAGGGGAGAAUGUGUCGGACGUGGCUCCCAUGCGGCCACGUUUGAACAUCCAUGGACAUGUGUCCGAUGCCAGCAUCAGGGUUGGGGAGAAUGUGUCAGAUGUGGCUCCUACCCGGCCACGGUGGAACAUCCAUGGGCACGUGUCCGAUGCCAGCAUCAGCUUGGGGGGGUGCAUGUCAGACGUGGCUCCAACCUGGCCACGGUGGAACACCCACGGACCCAUCCCUCCGCCCCAUGUGAUGCUGGGGUCCCUCUCACCAGAAACUGAGCCCAACACACCCAGGCCCCAACAGAGCCUCCCUGGCCACAUGUCCCAGUCAGCGCCUAGCCUGGAAGCACAGAACGCUGCUCUGGACUGUGGGCCACAGUUGCCUGUAGAAGUGGGGCCAUCUCUCUCCUCCCCCAGCUUAGGCUGUGGGGAGGAGAGCGUCAGCAUGGGAGAGAACGUGUUGGACGUGGCUCCCUCCUGGCCACAGUGGAACAUCGAGGGACACGUGUCUGAUGACACCAUCAGCAUGGGAGAGAACAUGUCAGAUGUGGCUCCCACCCAGCCAUGCUGGCCCAACACCCCGGGAGACAGCAUCUCUGAAGAACCAGGCCCUGGGAGGAAUGGGGACACUGAGGAGCUCUCUUCAAAUUGGCCUCUGAACUCACAGGAAGACACAGCUGCCCAGAGCAGCCCAGGACCUGGUGAGGAGGCGGCGGAGGCCUGGGACGGGGAGCAGUCCUACCUGGCAGGCCUGGCAGGGCAGUACCACCUGGAGCGGUACCCGGACAGUUACGAGUCCAUGUCCGAGCCACCCAUCGCUCACCUUCUACGCCCCAUGUUUCCACGGGCCUUCGCCUUCCCCGUGGACACCCAGGUGCAGUCCGCCGCAGACGAGACCGCUGUGCAGCUGAGUGAGUUGCUGACGCUGCCUGUGCUGAUGAAGCGCUCCAUCACGGCGCCGCUGGCGGCCCACAUCUCCUUGGUGAACAAGGCCGCCGUUGACUACUUCUUUGUGGAGCUGCACUUGGAGGCACACUAUGAGGCGCUGCGGCACUUCCUGCUGAUGGAGGACGGCGAGUUCGCCCAGUCCCUCAGUGACCUGCUCUUUGAGAAGCUUGGGGCCGGGCAGACGCCUGGGGAGCUGCUCAACCCGCUGGUGCUGAACUCCGUGCUGAGCAAGGCUCUGCAGUGCAGCCUGCACGGGGACACCCCGCAUGCCUCCAACCUCUCCCUCGCCCUCAAGUACCUUCCCGAGGUGUUUGCCCCCAAUGCCCCGGACGUGCUGAGCUGCUUGGAGCUCAGGUACAAGGUGGACUGGCCCCUCAACGUCGUCAUCACCGAGGGCUGCCUGAGCAAGUACAGCGGCGUCUUCUCCUUCCUGCUGCAGCUGAAGCUCAUGAUGUGGGCACUUAAGGACAUCUGCUUCCACCUCAAGCGCACAGCCCUGCUGAGCCACACGUCCAGCUCCGUGCAGUUCCGCCAGCUGCAACUGUUCAAGCACGAGAUGCAGCACUUUGUGAGGGUCAUCCAGGGCUACAUUGCCAACCAGAUCCUGCACGUCACCUGGUGCGAGUUCAGGGCCAGGCUGGCCACCGUGGGCGACCUGGAGGAGAUCCAGCGCGCGCAUGCAGAGUACCUGCACAAGGCCGUCUUCAGGGGCCUGCUGACGGAGAAGGCGGCGCCCGUCAUGAACAUCAUCCACAGCAUCUUCAGCCUUGUGCUCAAGUUCCGCAGCCAGCUCAUCUCCCAGGCCUGGGUCCCUGCUGGGGGCCCGCGGGGUGCAGAACACCCCAACUUUGCACUCAUGCAGCAGUCCUACAACACCUUUAAGUACUACUCCCACUUUCUCUUCAAAGGUGAGGGCCACCCCCGCUGGGAGAGCCAAGUUGGGGGGGCAAGGCGGGGUUCACACCGUGGGCAAAGGCCUGAAUGGCUUGCUGAUCCCCAGUGGUGACCAAGCUGGUGAACCGCGGCUACCAGCCUCACCUGGAGGACUUCCUGCUACGCAUCAACUUCAACAACUACUACCAGGAUGCCUGAGGCUGCCCUGGGCACACGCACAAUAAAGGUGUCCUGGGACCCUG